GAGUACUCUGUUCUUUCUCCUCCUGGUUUCUUUGCAGUGAUACUUCAAAAAAAAAAGAUGGAAUUUUGUUUUAGUUUCUCUAUUUAGAUAUGCAGAAGAAAGUGGAUUCAUGUUCUCCAACAAGCGUUCUUGAGGAUUUAUUCAGGACCGAAGAAUUCGAAACCGCUUGUUCAUCCAAGCCACCCACCACAGGCUCAUCAAAUAACCAAAGCUCGAAACAAACCUCUCGAUGGCACGGAUUCGCACAAUUACUCGGUUUCGGAUCAAAGAAACCAUUACUCGGUUUAAGGAGAAGCAGUAGUGUGAGAGAAAACGCGACCGUUUCACCAGAUUUCCUGGCCAACAGCGCCAAUUCAUAUAACCUCAAGUCUCCAGGCAGAGUUUUCACUCUUUCCCAGCUUCAAAUCGCCACCAAAAACUUCAGCGCUGAAAAUAUUAUAGGAAAAGGGGGUUAUGCUGAAGUUUACAAGGGGAGUUUACAUAACGGGAAGCUUGUUGCCAUUAAACGUCUAACUAAAGGCACACCCGAUGAUAUAAUAGGUGAUUUCUUAUCGGAGCUUGGAAUAAUGGCUCAUGUUAAUCAUCCCAACACUGCUAAGUUAAUCGGCUAUGGAAUCGAAGGCCGAAUGCAUCUCGUCCUCGAGUUGUCUCCGAAUGGAAGCUUGGCUUCUCUUCUUUAUGGUUCAAAGAGCGAACUGAAAUGGGACAUCAGGUUCAAGAUUGCUCAAGGCACAGCUGAAGGUUUAAGGUAUCUUCACGAGGGGUGUAAGAGACGAAUCAUCCACAGAGAUAUCAAAGCUGCAAAUAUUUUGCUCACAAACAACUUUGAACCUCAGAUUUGUGAUUUUGGGCUUGCGAAAUGGCUGCCGGAAAACUUGACUCACCACACUGUUUCCAAAUUCGAAGGCACAUUCGGCUAUCUUGCUCCGGAGUACUUGAUGCAUGGCAUAGUCGAUGAGAAAACCGAUGUUUUUGCCUUCGGUGUACUGUUACUCGAACUAGUCACCGGACGCCGAGCCCUGGAUUACUCUCAGCAGAGCCUGGUAUUGUGGGCAAAACCCCUGCUAAGAAAUAAUGAUAUUCGAGAGCUAAUCGACCCUGCCAUCGGGGAAGAAUACGAUUCACGAGAAAUGAACCUCGUUCUCUUGGCUGCUUCAUUAUGCAUUCAUCGCUCUUCGGUUCGACGCCCUCGAAUGAAUCAGGUUGUACUGCUUCUUAAUGGCAACCUCAAUAGCUUAAAGAGCAUGAGAAAAUGUCGGAUCCCAUUCUUCAGAAAAGCUCUCCAUGAAGAGACAUUGAAUGCAGAAGGCUCGGACAAGAGUUGAGGUUAUCAGGAUUUGGGAAGCUGAUCCAAGGUUAGUGGUCCAAGCAAAUGUAUGCCAUGGAAACAAGUUAUGACAUCAAAGAGCGACAUCAAAAGGACAAAUGCUGCAGAAGAGACAUGAAGGAAGGGGGGGAGACAUCGAAUGUCGGUGUCUUGGAAGAUGCGUACAUGAGAAGGGAAUCUCAGGGAACAGAAGUAUAGAAUCACCCAUGGUUUAGUCAAUUUAGUUGGAGGGAGAAAUGUAAGAAGUAAGAACUAUUGUCUCUCUCUUUUUUCUUUCUUUCGAAGUAAGUUUAUGACAAAAGUCGUUUAGGAUACUCUAAAACAUCAAA